AUGCGUUUCAUUUCUGUCACCUUUGUGUUGUUGAGCGUACUUUAUGCUUCUUCAGCAGACUCAAGUCUUAAUUUCACCGGUGAUUUAAUUGCACGAGCACCGGCGCCAGCCCAACCUAGUGGCUCAGCAACCCCCGAAACACGCCGUGAAUUGCAUUCCCGUUCGCCAGCAGCAGCCCAACCUAGUGGCUCUGCAACCCCAAAACCCGCAGGCAACUAA